AUGCCUCAAGUGAACGAGUUCACACCUCUAUUAGUCGAAAGCAGACAACAAAAUCCACCUCUCUUCCAACGUCGCGCGUUGCAGUAUGUGCUCGUAUGCGUGCUUAGUUUCGGCGUCUUGUGCUUCCUUCUGCAGCGAUCGGCUAUCGUCGACGUUGACAACGUGACCGUCUCAUUCAAUGAGACCUCGCCCUCGACCUCGGAUAACGCUGACGAGGUAGCGUUUUGGUCCAGUAUUGACGCUUUUAAAGAUCCUACAGUCGACCCUUGUGUGGAUUUUUACCAAUAUGCAUGCAGUGGAUGGCUCAAGACUCACGAUAUUCCAGUCGAUCGUCCUAUCAUCGAUUCAUCCUUCGACGUGAUAUCCGAGCGCAACAAAGAGACACUUCAAAACAUCUUUGAUCAGAAUCCACCGCAAAUUGGACCCUUGUACCAUUCAUGUCUUAGUGGUCCCGAAGUGGACACUGACGCGGUUCACUAUGUAGCCUCAUUCAUUGAUAAGAUCCACCUUGCCAAUUCAACGCUAGAAUUGAUGACAAUAGCGGGUGAAGUGGAUCAAUCGCUUGGGAUCAGUACAUUCUUUAGUCUUUCGGUCAGUGCUGACCCAAAAGACCCAGAUACUAACGUCCUCCAACUUUCUCAAGGGGGACUCACACUUCCAUCGCGAGAGUAUUAUCUCGAGCCAGACAAAGUGGGUGCGUACGCGAGACUCUUUGUAGACUACGUCACCAAAGUUUUUGCAAUUAAUGACCUUAACGAACACAAUGCAAGUGAGUUUGCCAACUCUGUGCUGGAGACUGAGACGAUAUUUGCCAAGAUCUCACUGCCCGCUGCAGCAUUGAGAAAUCCGUUGACUACCAGUACAGCGUAUCCAUUUCCUGACAUUGCAACGCGAUAUCCAUUUCUAAUGGCAUAUCUUAACGGAAUUUACAAGCUUGAGCCUUUUCCGAUGAUCCAUGCGAUCAUUGCGACGCCUAGUUUCUUUGAUGCACAGAACAAAGUGUUGCAAGAUGAAUCGAGGCUAUCACAGCUUAAAUACUACGUGAGUUUCCAUCUCAUUGACUCAUUAGGGGCACUGUUAGGUGAGUACUUCCGUCGUGCAAGUCAUGAUUUUCAUGGAGCUAUCCAAGGCGCCAAGACUCUUCUUCCUCGUAACCAGUUUUGUGAACGAUUGACUACGAAUUACCUGGGAGAUGAAGUCGGAAAAUACUACAUGCAACAAGUGUUUGGACCUGAUACAAAAGCGGCAGCACAAGCUUUAUUGACAGAGAUUGAAGAGUCAUUGAAAGCUUUGCUACUUACGGAAUCGUGGCUGGAUAAAAUUACAUACGAAGCCGCGGUAGACAAGUUAAAGAAUGUCAAAAACUACAUCGGUGGACCAGACAGUGUAGAGCCGCUUCCAUUUCAGCUGAAACCUGACGCAUUCUUCGACAAUAUGAAAAAAAUUUUGCAGCAAAGUGCAGCUGAGACUAUUCAGUCGAUUAAUAAGCCCGUGGACAAGCAAGCGUGGGAUAUGUUUCCAUCCACAGUGAAUGCGUACUACGAUCCGAGCGCGAACAAGAUGGUUUUCCCAGCAGCGAUCCUGCAGCCUCCCUUUUACAGUGCAGAACACUUUCCAGCGGCAGCAAACUUUGCUAGGAUUGGCAUGGUCAUGGGUCAUGAGCUUUCACACGGAUUUGACGACCAAGGACGCAACUUCGAUGCCAAUGGGACGCUUCGCUCGUGGUGGACACCAUCGGUUUCUAACGAGUUUGCAGCGAAGGCUCAGUGCUUGGUAGCGCAGUAUUCGUCGUUUCCUGUGGUGUCGAGUCAGGACGGCCGUGUGCUUGGAAAUGUCAACGGAAACUUGACGCUUGGUGAAAACAUUGCUGACAAUGGAGGGAUUCGUCUUGCUUUUGAAGCGUAUCAUCUAUGGAAAAGUACAGUCGCUGCUCCUCCAGUCGUGCCACCUAGCACGACGCCAAUUCCUUCCGAAGAACCAGCGAGAACUGAUCCUGUCAAACCAUCGCCUCAAGCGCUACCUCCUGUACCUGAAAUCAAGAUGCCACAACCGACUCCCAGUAAAGUCAAUCCAGUGCCUGUAACUUCGCAACCUGCUGAGCUCAAACCAUCAAACGGCGAGCCGGAGAAAAAGACUACGAAAGAAAAUUCGCCCACGCCAGUUCCAAAGCAACAGCCUGCUACGCCAGAGAUAAAUCCUGCUGCAGCGGUUCCAGCCGUGACUUCUUCACCCAAAAACCCUUCCGUCCCACCUGUCCCAUCUGAUAAGCCGGAUUCCUCUCAGCCUCCCAUCCCAACGCCACUGCCACAAGCUGGUCAAGACCGAAUGCCUGCAACAACCGAGACAAAUCCUCCUUCAUUGAUCCCGCCAACGACUUCGCCAACGACCAAAAGUCCAGAUACACCACGGCCGGUUUCUUCACCUGUCAUCGUGCCUUCGAUACCACCUGCCAACUUCCCGUCUCCAAAUUCUGUUCCAGAAGAAAUACCUGCUUCAUCCAAGCCAGGUACUCCAGCUGGUGUUCCGAUUGUGCCACCUCUAUCAACCGAUACCCCUAGCUCUCCACCCGUCGUGCCUCAUCUUCCUGACACUCCUCCAGGGGGACCAAACGCCUCGCAACAACCCGUACCUGCACCACCACUUGUUCCGGACAUACCACCACCACCCGUUCAGAAGUCACCUUCUGCGGUCGCGCCCCCGCCACAGCCUAUUCCUGAGACGAAACCUUCCACUGAAAUCCCAUCAGUACUGCCUCCACCGACUGCUCCUUCUAGCCCUCCACCCAUUGUGUCUAAGACUCCGACUCCAUCAAGUGUUUCAGAGCCACCCGUUCCGACGUCAGCGCCACCCGUUCCGACGUCAGCGCCACCUACACCUCCGCCAAAAGCAAGAUCAGAAGACACACCUUCCCACAAGAUUACGAAGAACAAGCAUUCGAAUGAACGUGGUGACGGAAGCAAGAAAGACGAGCAUAAUUUAAAAAGUGACAAACACCAUGACAACUCAGCGUCGAAAGAGGAUAAUGCGACGAAGCACAAAAGAGAGCAUGGUGAAAAGAAGAACGAACGAGAUGAGGUGUCGCAUAAGGGUAAGCAUGGUGAGUACGAACAAAAUGAGAGAGAUGACCAUCGCGAAGAAGAGGAUGAAGACCGCAAACAUGAUGAAAAACAUCGUCAUGAUAAGCAUGUGGAGGAAGAGCACGAGAGCAAGAAGCAUGAGCAUAAGAGCAAGAAGCAUAAGCAUGAAGAGCAUGAAAGCAAGAAGCAUAAAUAUGGGCAUGAAGAGCGCAAGAGUAAAGAGCAUGAGCACAAAGUGCACAAGAGGAAGAAGCAUGAGCAUAAACAUGACCAAAUUUUGGACUUGACGGUAGUGAAGGACAAAUAUCCGUUUUCCAAAGGUGAUGCAAGGAUCCAUACGAUGGUUGAAUAUAUGGCACGUGCCCUCGUUCAGUCUGAGAGCCCAGUAGCUGACAGUCAACUAUUCUUCACGGCAUUUGCACAGAAUUGGUGUGAAAAGAGCACCCCGGAAUAUGCAGAGCUGUUGCGUACAAUCGAUCCUCAUUCACCUGGAAAAUGGCGUGUGAAUGGUCCACUUAUGAACUACAACAAGUUUGCCGAGACGUUUUCGUGUCCAGUGGGAACGCCUAUGAAUCCUGACAAGAAAUGCAUCGUUUGGUGA